AUGUUUAUGCUACAGGAUCCUAUCAUGACUAAAGACUUGAAUGUCAUCGGCGAUGCUAAGUCUGCGUCUUUUGAUGCAUUUCUAGAAUCAGCAAAGUUCCGCCUGCAAGGAGCCCCUGAUCAACUACUGCUUCGUCAUCAACAAGGGAUUGCUCCAAGGUUUACGAACUUUGAGCCCACGCCUAUUGCUCCGAGUGGAGUCGCUACAGUGUCAACACUUCCUUUGGAACGCUCGCUCCUUUCAUCAGACCUUUCGCAGAUCAAUAUACUGCAACAGCUUUUCAGCCCAGCUCAACUGCAGGCACACCAACAAAUCGUUCAAUCUGCUCAAUUGUCCCCCGACGCAAACAACUGUUUCCCUGCACUGGCUCGCUCGAGCACACCAUCUAUUCGAAAAGAGGCGAAAGUGGAAAAGGUGAAGUACGGCCCCAGGCAUAUUGAACAAUGGAACAUGCGCUUCCAAGAGCUAGUAGACUUCCAAAAGGAGCAUGGACACUGCCUUGUUCCAAUGUAUGAUCAUGCGUCACCGAAGCUGUCCAACUGGGUCAAGAGGCAACGAAAUCAAUACCGCCUAAAGAUUGAAGGGAAGCAUAGCACCUUGUGUGAUAAGAGACAAAAGGCUCUAGAAGACUUGGGCUUUGUAUGGGACUCGCAUGCCGCUUGCUGGGAUGAGAGAUACAAAGAACUAGUCAAGUUCUUUAGAGAAAAUGGACACAGCAAGGUGCCCAAGAGCUACAAAAAGAACCCAUCGCUAUCCGUAUGGGUGAAGUGUCAACGGAGACAAUUCAAACUCCUACAGGCUGGAAAGCCCAGCUACAUCUCUGAAGAUCGGAUUCGAUUGCUGAGCGAGCUCAACUUUGACUUCAAUCCACGAAGAGAUUCAAUCUAUUCGCAGGCAAGAGGGAAAGUGUGA